UGCAUUUCAAAUCAGUAAUCUUUGCCGUCUCACUUGGAGAGGACCUUUUCUAUCAUGGAGCUGAUAACACUGGUCUUAGCCGGUUUCGUCUGUCUUUCCGGAAUCGUUUACUACUUCCUGAGACGUGAACAGCAACAAUGGUCACGGUUGGGUGUUCCGAUCGCGAAAAAUCCGCACCUGCUGUACGGAAACAUACGAGGAAUAUUUCAGAAAGAGCACAGCUGCGAAGUUCUUCAACGAUUGUAUCGGGAGUUCAAGGGGCGGGGCCUUAAGCUGGGUGGAAUAAUGAACUUCUUCCAGCCGGCGGUUCUGGUGGUUGAUCCGGAGAUCAGCAAAAGUAUUCUGGUUAAGGACUUUCAUAAAUUCCAUGAUCGUGGAAUUUUUGUGGAUUCGGCAGGAGAUCCUCUGAGUGCCAAUUUGUUUAGUCUUGAGGGAGCUGAAUGGAAGGCGAUGCGAUCGAAAAUGUCACCGACGUUUACGUCGGGUAAAAUGAAGUACAUGUUUGGGUCAGUGCUGAAGGUGGCAGAUCAAUUGAAGGAGUACAUAGCGGAGAAUUGUACGAAGAAGAACAUCGAGCUGAAGAAUAUCCUGCAACGGUAUACAAUGGACGUGAUUGGUAAUGUGGCGUUUGGAGUGGAGUGUAACUCGAUCAAGAAUCCUAGCUCUGAGUUUCGGUUGAUGGGUCUUAAAGCAAAUGAGUUCGAUGGGAUAAGGUUCUUUAAAUUUUUCAUCGGAGGCACCUACAAAAAAUUUGCCAAGAAGAUCAAACUGAAGGUUGUUGAGGAAGAUGUACAUAACUUCUUCAUGAAUUUGGUCCAUAGUACUAUCCAAUACAGAGAAGCAAACAGUGUGCAGAGAAACGAUUUCAUGGAUUUAUUGAUAAAGAUUAAGAACAAUGGCAAGCUCAGCGAUGAACCGAAUUCCGGUGGAGAGGGAAUUACCGUUAGUGAAAUUGCGGCACAAUGCUUCAUAUUUUUCACCGCUGGAUUUGAGACUUCUUCGACCACUAUGAACUUUUGUCUCUACGAAUUGGCCAAAAACCCAACAAUUCAGGAUCGACUUCGGCGAGAAAUUGAAGAGUCGAUUGCGAAGGACGGUGGAGAGUUGAAGUACGAUACCUUAUUUGGAAUGUCUUACUUGGAUCGUGUCGUUAGCGAAACCCUUCGGAAGUACUCCCCAGUGGAUAACCUCUUCCGGAUGUCCAACUCACCGUACACACCAGAAGGUUGCGAUUUCACCAUUCCUGCUGGCACUAUGUUCCAGAUCCCCAUCCAUUCGACGCACCACGACCCGGAGUAUUUCCCGAACCCGCAACGCUUUGAUCCGGAUCGGUUCCUUCCGGAAGCGGUAAAAUCUCGACAUCCCUUUGCCUAUCUUCCGUUCGGAGAAGGACCUCGUAUUUGCAUUGGAAUGCGAUUCGGACAGAUGCAGACAAAGAUUGGCCUGGUUACGUUGCUGCGGAACUUCCGCUUUGCACCCAUAAGCGAAACUCCCGAUCGCUUGGAGUUCGAUGCGAAGACAUUCGUACUGACGCCCAAUACGGGAGUGUAUUUGAAGAUUGAACCGUUUGAUCGCGUGCCGAAAGUUUGACGAUUCAAAUCAUCAGUCGAUUGGAACUUGUUGGACCGCGACAGGUGUGUGGACGGAAAAUGAAGCUGCACGAGUAAAAAUUAAAAAUUUUGCAAGUCAGGCUGUUUGCAUUUCACAUCAUUAUUGACAUGCAACGUCGCUUAGCGGCAUAAUGUUUAUCGUUGGUUGCAGUUUAGCGUUACGAUAGAUUACGUUGCUGUCAAUCAUUACCGGCAUGCGUGAAAUUUAUGAACUGUUGUGACAAUAAAUAACAAAACGGAAAUGUUAUUCGCUGCCCACAAAAUCAUGACUGGCCCAUAUAUGUAGGGAGGGGAUGAAGCCAAUAUUGGACAGUUGUACUUGUAAGGGCAUUUGUGGUUCAAUCACACUUCUAUACGUUGUUCAACGGCUACAAUGUUGAGCAAAUGUUUGUUCAAUGAAGGGGAACAGAUAAACACUUGCCCUGUAUUUGUUUCUCAAUUCUAAGAGGGUAUCGCGAAUGAAAGUGCGCUGUUGCAUCCAGUCGUGCCGAUGCAGUCGGUGCUUUCAUUUUUUAUAAAUCGUAGCAAAAUUGCGGCCCUCCUUAGCCGUGCGGUAAGACGGGCGGCUACAAAGCAAUACCAUACUGAGGGCGGCUGGGUUCGAUUCCCGGCGCCGGCAUAGACAAUUUUGGUUUUGGAAAUAGUCUCGAUUUCCCUGGGCAUAAAAGUAUCAUCGUAUUAGCCUCAUGAUAUACGAAUGCAAAAAUGAUAACUUGGCUUAGAAAUCUCGCAACUGUGGAAGUGCUUAAUGAACACUAAGCAGCGAGGCGACUCUGUCCCAGUGUGGGGAUGUAAUGCCAAUAAGAAGAAAAAGAAGAAGAAGCAUAAUUGCGGCAUAACAUGAUUGGAUUCAAUAACGCGCUUUGAUUUAUGGUACUUACUAUACUUUUUCUGAUCGAUGAUACAUUCGGAGAUGAAGAAUUAUCUUUUCAAUUUCUUCAUAAUUCGGGUUCACGUUUAAAUAAUUUUCAGACUGAAAAAGCCAGAGAAUAAGAACAAAUAUCUCAAUGGUAAUCAUGUGUGCUACAUAGUACGCCAAACUGGUGAAGCAUAUUCUAAGAUGCUUCGCAUCAACGAACAAUACAACGUCUUCAGGGCAAAAAAACCUGUGAAUUCGGAAGCGUGCCGUCGAAUGAAUCCAAGCACAGAGAAUGCUCGUGAUCACCACAUGCUCGGUGAACCGUAGUUUGGCAUCAAUGGUCACUCCAAGAUCACUUCAUGUUAGAUCCCAAGGUGUCUCACAAUCUGAUUUUGGUCUUUUUCAUGUUUUGAAGAAUGAUA